ACAUCAUUAAAUCAAGAUGCGUUUUCAAAAUCAAAGCCAUUACACUAACGAGAACCUCCUGAUAACGUAUGAUAUCUCAGCUCAGCUUCAAAAGCAGGAAAUGACAGGACCUCGACGUCAUGGAGAUGCAGUGGGACGGUGCUAAAAACACACAUUAUAACAUUUCGUGGCCCUGGAUGAUGCUGAGAGACGCUCGGCGGGGACCCACGAGACUUUACAGUCGAGGGCCCGUUUGUUGAGCUGUGUUUAUGGGACCAUGUGAGUAAUAUAAACAGAAGACGCGUUUCUCCGCACAGAGCUCGAGCUGAGUUGGCAACAGGAGCCCACCUGUGUUUAAUCACAAAGACACGAUACAUGCAACUUCACGCCGCAGCCUCUCUGAGGGCAAAGUGGGAGGAUGAACUGAGGAGAGACGCGCUCUGGAGCCCUAAAAGUUGUUGUGGCGAGAUAAAGGUGAGUGAGAGGUCAUGCGGGUGAGAGGAGGCUGUGACAGACAGCGAGAGAGAAUUAGAGAAAAGCUUCAUUCCGCUCUUUAAUUUUUAAACGCGUUGUGGAGCUCAGCGGGCUGUUGUCUUGACUGCAGCGGUGUAGCGUUUCUCUUUAGCCGGCGAGUCAAACUCCACUGCGCGCGAACUGAUUGAUUCACCAAACUGCAGCUUUAAAGUGUUUUCUGUGGACUUGAACUUUUACGGGGAUGGUUGCAUACCUAUGUUUAUAAGAUGACACUCAACACACAGAAGGAGGGAAAGGAGCCGCUGAGGAGACGAGCAAGCACCCCCAUCCCCUCCUCUCGUCAAGCGGGACGAGGAGACAGAGACCCCUCGACUGACCCCUAUCACCCUCCGCUCGCCCAGUCUGCCUCGUACCACCCUGGAGACAAGAGCAUCCACUCACGGGCCAACUGGUCCUCAGACUCCGAAUCGGACAGCUCAGGAUCCGAGUGUCUUUACCGUGUGGUUUUGUUAGGUGAUCAUGGCGUGGGGAAGUCAAGCCUUGCCAACAUUUUUGCUGGAAUACAAGAGAAGGAUGCCCACAAACACAUUGGAGAGGAUGCAUAUGAAAGAACUCUUAUGGUUGAUGGAGAGGAUACAACACUAGUUGUGAUGGACCCUUGGGAAACAGAUAAACAGGAGGAUGAUGAGAAGUUCUUACAGGAUUACUGUAUGCAGGUGGGCAAUGCUUACAUCAUAGUUUACUCCAUCACUGACCGCAGCAGCUUUGAAAGUGCAUCAGAGUUACGGAUCCAGCUGCGGCGUAUACGGCAGGCUGAAAACAUUCCCAUCAUCCUCGUGGGCAACAAAAGUGACUUAGUGCGCUCUCGAGAGGUGGCAGUGGAAGAGGGUCGAGCUUGUGCAGUGAUGUUCGACUGCAAGUUCAUAGAAACCUCAGCCUCCCUCCAUCACAACGUCCACGAGCUCUUUGAGGGCACUGUGAGGCAGAUCCGACUACGGCGAGACAGCAAAGAGAUCAAUGAGCGCCGACGCUCCGUCUACAAGCGAAAGGAGAGCAUCACAAAGAAGGCCAGACGCUUCCUGGAUCGACUGGUGGCCAAGAACAACAAAAAAAUGGCCCUAAAAGUGCGCUCUAAAUCCUGCCAUGACCUCGCUGUGCUGUGAAGACACAGAUCACUCACAUUCUUCUCAUUUCUGGUCUGAUGGCGACAGAGGAUUUGCUUUUCAGAGACAUUAAUUCACUUUUUUUGCUUUUGGUUCAUUGUUUAUUUAUUCAUUCAUGUUGAAUCUUAUAGUAUUUACAACCUUUUUAGUGAUUAUCUUGUAGACUGAAGGGUUAUCGGUCUCUGUUAUGUGUCCUAUAGAUCAAAACCGUUUUUAACAGUAUAUCACCUUUUAAGUGGACUUUAUUUUUUAUGAACAUUUUAUCAGUGUUUGCCUUAUCAGAUGGAAUAGGGAAUAAAUAGAACGAAUUAAUGAGCAAUAUUUAUUAUUCACUGUUGUUUAGAUGUUUUCUUUAAAAUAAAGAAAGUAUUUUGUAUACAGUUACAAUGAGAAAAGCACUGCCUGCUGGAAAAGUUUAAAGACAGCUGAAGCAGUGUUAUUUUUUCCUCCGAGAAGUUUAGUCUAAUAAAGCAAAAAAUAUUAUAGACAUGUCAAUCAUCGUUUAAAAAGGGCAUGUGAAUAUCCCCCAUAAGCCUGUUAAAGUUUAUUUGGAUGAGAUAGUUGGUCAGUAAACGAAGCUGGUCAGUAAACAUUAUGAAGGUGUCAGAUGUUUUAGCAAAAACCUAUUAUAGCAACAAAAAUAAUGGUUUACAGGCUUUCUUUGUACGUUAAAUGUAUUUUGUGUACUUCUUUUGGCACUGGAUCCAGAGGCGGAAAUGCUUUUUGUACAACUUAAUGUUGUUGGUUUGUAAAUAUUUAUUUCCAAAAUUUGUAAAAUAAUAAAUGACUUUGAAAUAUGUAAAUAUAAUUAUGUUUUGCAUAAAUGCAGACACAACUUUCAAUGUUUUCUAUUAAAUCCUGAUCUGCAAAUGAA